CACCGACCCCUCCUUCUUCAGAGCCCACUCUGCACAGCAUGAAUCAGACCUUCAGAGUUCAGACAACCAUUCCAAACCUCCUGCCAAGGAAGCCCACCAUAACAAAUACUCCAAAUUUAAAACAGGCGCGUUGUCCGAUAUGCUCCAACAACUUAAAUAUCGUCACAUGAUCAGAAUAAAGAGGCGUCAAAAGCACAACUUUCAGAAUCAGGGUUCGUCACAAGAUGAAGCAUCUGAAGCACGCGUUUUGUCUUCAGCUGAUUCGCCUGAAACAUCAAACUCCGAAGCGCCAUGCCCUGCAGUACCAGCGAACAAGGAGAGGAGCAGUGACCUCGCUGAGAGGACCAGUUCGUUCGGGGCAUGGCUCUCUCCAAGUGCAGCCUGCUGUAUUGAUGCGUGUGAAAACACACCAGACAAUACUGAUGGAUCUGCCAGCCAUGGCGCAAACAAGGCCGACGAGAAUGCCAACAAUGCGACAAAUUCUCGUAGCGCCCUUGUCGACUUCAUCGCCUCAAGGGUCCAAAGCUCGCCGAGGAAGCUAUCUGUCAAGAAGCACAGUGACCCGUUAACAGAAUCCUUCCGGAACAUGGCUAAGAAGCUGCUGCUUGAGUAUGAAUCGGCAGAGAAUUUUCGUAACAGCAAUCUAGUGGCAUUCUAAAGACGUGCCAGAUCCAGAUGAAGUAGCAUUUUACAGCAAAAGCACCAAGGACACUCACCAAGAGGCGGUGACCUCGGAGCAAUCCGACGAUCCUUGUGAAUAACCUUGUCCGCCAGCUAGCAUCGAUGAAGAAGCAAGCGGUGGUAUCAGCGGUCACAACCCGAAAAUGGACCAAUCAGUGUAUCUUGGCUACCAAUCCGGUAUUCAGCUGUGAUGCUUCUGUGCAUGGUUUUCACCUUCAGUUUCAGAAAAAAAAUCAGCACAAACCAAAAUUCAACUGUGAUCCUUAUGUUUUCGGUUUGCAUUUCAGCCAAAGGGCUGAAAUAUUCACUUGAAUUCAAUUCAAUAUUUGAAUUU